AACAAAGCCUCAUCUUCAUUCAUAGACACCAGCGUUUAAAUACCGCCGUGGUCACAGUGUUCCUCAGUCUAGCUCACGACUUCCUCUGUGCAGCACUUCGAACGAUCGUCAGACGACUUUUCAUUUUCUCGUGACCAUUCCCGUGGAUACUUCAGCCGUACCGUGCACCAUGAAGCAGACACCGGACCAGUUCUCGGUUAGCCACCUCCUGAGCGCCGUGGAGAGCGAGAUCUCGGCGGGGUCGGAGAAGGGAGACCCGACCGAGCGGGACCUGAAGGUUACCCUGGGCGAGAAGCCGCUGUGGGAGAAGUUCAAGUCUCUCACCAACGAGAUGAUCGUCACCAAGAGUGGAAGACGCAUGUUCCCCGUGCUGAAGGUGAACGUGUCCGGACUGGACCCUAACGCCAUGUACUCCUUCCUGCUGGACUUCACGGCCGCCGACAACCACCGCUGGAAGUACGUGAACGGCGAGUGGGUUCCCGGCGGCAAGCCCGAGCCGUCCGUGCCGAGCUGCGUCUACAUCCACCCCGACUCGCCCAACUUCGGCGCGCACUGGAUGAAAUCACCUGUGUCCUUCAGCAAGGUCAAACUCACCAACAAACUCAACGGUGGUGGACAGAUAAUGCUGAACAGCCUGCACAAGUACGAACCGCGCAUCCACAUCGUGAAGGUGGGGGGACCUGACAACCAGAGAACCCUCAGUACCCACACAUUCGCCGAGACACAGUUCAUCGCUGUCACUGCCUACCAGAACGAAGAGCUGACAGCUUUGAAGAUCAAGCACAACCCGUUCGCCAAAGCCUUCCUUGACGCUAAAGAACGAAAUGACACCAAGAGUGGACAUGACGACUUGACUGACCAGCAGCCUCAGUUUUCACAACUCGGAGGCUGGUUCCUGCCCGGUACAGGCCCCAUCUGCCCGCCGCCCAACCCUCACCAGUUCGCCCCGUCCCUCGGCCUGCCCAGCCACGGCUGUGACAGAUACAGCACUCUGAGGAACCACCGCUCGGCGCCCUACCCGCACCCGUACCAGAGAAGCUCACCUCCAACUAACUACGGACACGACACGGCGGCCAGCCUUCCCAUGAUGCCGACGCACGAUAACUGGUCGGGCCUGCCGGUCUCCACCCACAACAUGCUGUCCAUGUCAGCCAUGCCUCACACCACCACAUCCACGCACGCGCAGUACCCCAACCUCUGGUCCGUCUCUAACAACAACCUGACGCCCACCACGCAUGCGCAGACGCACAUGUCCGGCACCAUGGGCACGGGGCUGCCGCACCAGUUCCUGAGGACCACCGCGCCUGCGCCCUACCAUUCCAUCCCCACCUGCACGGUACCGACCACGGCGUCCAGCUCUCCGGUGUACCACGACUCGCACGAGGUGUCUUCCACGGACAGCGGGUACGGGCACUCCACUACCCCACCCGCCCCGCAGACAAGGAUAACCUCAAACAACUGGAGCCCCAUGACCAUGCCGUCCAUGUAAAACAUUUCUCAUUGUAAUGUAAGGACAAUCGGUGACCAAAGAAAGACUCCAGAUGUACUAAAAUGUACCCGAAACCAUGCCGUUAAACUUGCCAAACUAGAACGUACCAAAGGAUUUUAUAUUUAUUGUACAUUCAGUUCUAAGUUAAAGCGCCAUACACUCGUAAUAACGUUUCCUAAUCAUUGAAUUAAUUGUCACUUUUACCAAGCGUCAUUCCGAUGAAAUCAUGUCACUUCAACGAAGGAAAAGUUCGUCCAUUGUACAUAAUGUAAAGUUCAAGGAAAAGACUCAGACAUAUGUGUUGAUAUUUAUAUAGAUAAACGUUUAUUUUUGUGUGGUAGAAUCGUAGUUGAUGUAAAUAAAAGAAGUUGUUUGCAAGAAUA